CACGAAGACGCUGAUUCCAAAUAUGUGCUUUAAAACUUAUUUAGUUAAGACGGUGGCAGAACAAUCAAGGUUUUCGUAUAGAUGUCUUUAAUACUCGUGUUUUUUGUAAGGUGUUUUUCUCCUUGAAUACCAUGAAACCUCCAACGGAGUCACCGGAUCCAAAAAAUGAAGGGGGGCUCAACGAGAUCUUUGCGCCGUACAACGUAACUAGUCGCGCUGAUUCCGAAUAUGCAAAACACUCGGUUGAUGUAUCUCUAGAAAAAAACCAUCAAAUUUUGAUAUGUAUCUUGAGACGUAUUUACCUAAAUUAUGUCGAAAUAAGUAUGUAUCAAAUUUAAAAUGAUUAUGUUUUUAGUUGUUUCAACUACUAUUCUAAGAUCAUCAUUUUUAUUUGUUGAAUGUUCUCCUUUGCUUCUGAGUAAACACAAGACGUAACAUACAUGAUUUUUUGUACACACAGACGACGUUCAAUUGUAUAUGUCAACUCAAUUAGAUAAGCUCAACAAUUAAGCUUUAAUAUGAGAAACAUAAAAAAAUAUUUUCAAUCAGUAUCAUCUAUGUAGACACGAUCUUCUAUAGAGGUGGAUUAAUAAAAAGAUUUAUUUAUUGCAUGAUGUAUAUUAAAAACUACAUUAACGACCUAUUACUUCAUCCCUGUAAAAAGCUUUAAAAUCAUUUCAACUCUUUAAAAAAAUCAUGUUCUAAUAACACUUAAACGACAUAAAACUGAGUGAUAUUUUUUCGUUCCGGUUCCAUUUGACAAGAAAAACUUAUGACAAAAACGUACAUAAUUCUAAUCAUAUUGUAUUAUUCUAAUUUGACAUUAACACUACCUAACGAAGAAUUUGAUUGUAACGGUUUUGAAGAUGAUUCUUAUCAUCCAUUUUACGAUGAUUGUCUUCAUUAUUGGCAUUGUUUAUAUGUGGGUACGGUUUAUCAACGAUCUGUUCUCCGAGAAUGUCCUGAGGGAACUGAAUUCGAUACUGAUUUAAAAAAAUGUGAAACAGCAGUACUGGUGACAUGUUUGCCAAGACCAUCACGACCGAGUACGACUGUACGACGAAAAUGGAAAUUUUCUCGUAGAACCUAUCAUCGACCAUCAAAGUCUACAGUAUCAACUGCAAAAAUAUCAUCAGUAUUUAAAGAGAGAUUAGCAACCAAAAUUUAUGUUAAAAAAUUGAAUGUGAAAGAACAUUUUCGUGUUUCGACUAAUCGCUAUUUUCAACACGCGACGAUUUCUGAUGAAAAUCAGUUUAAUCAAACAACAUUACCAGUCAUUACAGUCGAUUAUCAAGCAUUAACAACACUGCCAGUAUUUCCAUCUAGUUGGUUUACACCGAAGCAACUACUGCAACCAGGCGAACCGAAUAAGGAAGCUGAUUUUUAUUCGUCAACAUCACCGGGCAUCACAGCAUCGACUUUCUUGAUAACAACAAGUGCGACAAUUAAUAGCAAAGUUGUACGAGACUCAAUAACACUAUCAAAAUUAAGUGUAAAAAAUAAAGCAUCUCCAAUUUCAAAUGUUCCUGCUAUAAUAAUGACAAAUGUUGCAUCAAUCGAACUGAGACACUCAACCAUCGAGGAUCAGCUAGAUUUUAAAGAAACAACUGAAGCUAUUCCAAUAAUAAAGCAUCAUACUUCGAAAAAAUUAAUUACAAUAACAUCAUUAACAACGAAUUCACCUGUAAUUGAUCAUCUUGAUCACGAUCAUCAUCAUCAAGAAAAUAAUUCAAUUCAAUUAUUAUCAAAUGACAUAAUUAAUGCUCGACAUAUUAUUCAUCAAUUGAGAUCACGACCCCGACGAUCAAAUAUGACAUUAUACGUAUUAACAUCGAACGAACAUAAAAUUCGACGAUUUUCUUUAAAUCACACACGAGGCGUAUUAAUGCCAUUGAAUUUAUGUAGAAGUAGACGAUUGCGAGACAUGUCAAACAUAAAAGCAUCAGACAUAGUGAAUGCAAAUGAGCACAUAUCAAAAAUAAAUAAUUUUGCUUUUAAACAUAAAGCAUUAUCGACCAUUUUUCAAUUUCUAAUUUCGUAUUAUUUUUAUGGUAAUAUUUUUGUAUAA